AUGGAAAAGAUGAUGAAAUCAAGCACUAUGUUUGCUUUGUUGUUUGUUUUGAUCUCAAAUCUUUUCGCCAUAAUCUAUUGUACACAACCCCUUGCACCUGCAUUGUAUGUGUUUGGUGAUUCAUUGGUUGAUAAUGGUAACAACAAUUGGAUCCCUGAUGUAGCAAAAUCAAAUUACUAUCCAUAUGGUUCUAAUUUCUCUGCGGGCCCCACUGGAAGAUUUUCUAAUGGAAAAAACCUUGUCGACUUUUUAGCUGAAUAUAUGGGAUUGCCAUAUCCUCCACCAUACUUAAGUAAAGAAGGGCCAUCUUCAUUAACCGGAAUUAAUUAUGCAUCUGGUGCUGCUGGAAUUGUUGAAUAUACUGGAUCACAAGUUGGAGUGGUGCUUCCUUUGGACGAACAACUUGCCAAUUUUCAGAUGACAAUUACAAGGGAUUUGCCCAUACAUAUGACCCAAAGUCAGAUAUCUGAGCAUCUAUCAAAAGCUAUAUAUUUAUUGUCAAUAGGCAACAAUGACUACCUCAUCAACUAUCUUGGAGCUUUUACUGGCGUAAGUCCCACAUCCACUGUUUACGCACCCGAACCCUUUGCUGAACUUCUCAUUAAUACCCUUGAAAAACAAUUGCAGCAACUAUACAAGUUGGGAGCUAGGAAGAUAAUAUUGAACGAUCUAUGCCCCUUAGGGUGCACCCCAAUGUACUUAAAGACACGUCCCCACAAAGGUGCAUGUGUUGAUGAAAUAAACGCAUUGGUUCAACAUUUUAACAAAAGGCUUCCUUCAAUGCUUCAACGUCUCUCUUCCACCCUUACCGGAGCCGUCUUCGUUCAGGGUAAUAUUUAUGCCACCGCCACUGAGAUCAUCUUAAAUCCAACCAAAUAUGGUUGCAUUUAA